CGAGCAGGUACAUGGUUUAGUGUGUGUGACAACAGAAAGAAAGGUUAUUAAACAGUGUUACUGUCAGCCUGGACUGAAGAUUGCAGCAAGCCUCAUCGUCAUGUGUGAGAGCACCGCGGUUCCGAGCGGGGAAGUUUACCGGCAGCUGUUCGACGCUCAGGCUCAGCUGUCCAGAUCUCUUCUAGCCGGAUGCAGAGACACCGGGACAAAUUGUCUGUCUGCUGUGGACAGCAACACACACUGCAGCACAGCCAGCAGUAGAAGGCAGCAGGCGGAACACAAUGAUGAUGAUGAUGAUGUCAUAGAUGAUGUCGGCAGACUUCCAGAUGCCGUGGUUGUUGAUCAUCCCAGCUCUGACAUCAUUGAACGUCUGACAGAGAAAAAAAUUCAAAAACAUCAAGAGGCUCUCAAACAGCUGGAUUCAGACCUGAGCCAGCUGUCUCAGGCGUGUGAGACUCAGGUGAAGGCCAUCAGUCAGGAGCUAUUGUCCAGUCUGCAGGAGGUGGAUCUCAGAUUGGACACCCUGAAAGUCAGAAUGAAUCAGCUGGAAGAUCUGGAAGAUGUCAGUAUGCAGGAGAUCCACGGUCUUUGGAAGAAGGUAGAGGAAGACGUGAAGCUGAAGAAGACCACUAUCGUAGAACUUAACCUCAAACUGACUGAAACUGAAAAACAACGUACUGACCCGAUCAGAGCUAUUAUCAGGAAGUACUACCGUGUGUUGGAGCAGAUCAGUUUCCUGCAUCCAUCUGACAUCCACAGGCUGAUCCACACUGAAGCUACAAUGCUGAAUCAGUCUAUGCUAGCAAACCGUCGCAGCAUUGCCCGACUGCUGCUGCUCCUCCAGGAGGAAAAUCUACAUAAGGAGUCGAUCCUUCGUCGGCACUGGGAGGACUGUCUGAGUCACUGGAGAAGGAAAAGAGUCCACAGAAUUGUAGAUCAGUUCAGAGGUCUCUGCAGCAGGAAUGAGGAUCAGCAGCUGGCCUCAGUUCAGCAGAUAAAACUAACCCAGCAAGAUCUGACUGAACGGCGCCGUGACAUCAUUAACAAGAUCAGCUCUCUGGUCCCACCCACCUGCUCCAAAGCUUUGGUGUCUGAUUGGUUUGACCAACUAACAGAUGUCAAUCAGCAAAUUGAGCAUUUCCACACUGAGCUUCUCCAUCAGCUGCGUUGCUGCUUUGAACAGACAUGGCAGAAUCGGCUGGCGGAGGUGGAGCGCUGUAAGGAAGUCCUCUCAUCUUUGGAAUUGUCAGAAGAGGAAGUGAAUGACAUCAUCAACUCACAGCUUCUCACAGUGAUUGGAGCACAGCAGAAUCAGGAUGAAGAGCAGCUGGCCGCUUUAGAUGUGAGCAGUGACUCUGUGGCCCGUCAUGCUUUCAGUCUAAGUAGAAGUGUAUUUGUUGUCAUGCGAGCAGCAGCAUUGCUGUGGGAGACACAUUGCCAAAGAUUAGAGAGGAGAGAUGAAAAACUACAACAAGACCUGAAUGAUCUCAGAUGCUCACAGCAGCAGCACUUACAAAAACGGAAGAUGCAAAUGGAUGACCUGUUAGGAGGACUCCGUCAAGAGAGCAGUGAGGAUGCUCUGAAGACAUCUCUGGACAAAACUAUCGGUUACUUGCAGCAGAUUAAGCACAGUUGCAAUCAAUUUGUCAUUGAUCAAUGGACCCUGUUGAAUCUUCACCCAUCGUGCUGUUUGGAGGAGCUUGUCUCCUACAGCAGGAACCUCAGCUCCUUCUACCACCUGAGUCACACCUACCAACCGAGUCCAGGGGAUUUGGAAAAGCUUGUCCAACCAUCUAGCGGCCGAUCCAGCCCAUACCUGGAAACCAGCUGGCAGAUUGAAAGUCCUGAAACUUCACACAGCUCUCAAAAUUGGCUAAUUGAGGCAGGGUCCAUCCUGAAGGAGAUCUGUGAUUUCAGCAGCUCUGUCACCUUUACCUCAUCAAAAGAUGUGGUCUACUCAGCUCCUGUCUUCAGAUGUUCCACUCCCAACCUGCCAGUCAACCUGGAGUGGGAGACACACCUGAGCUUAUUUCCUGUGGACCUCCUCCUGGACUCACUGAGCAGGUCCCGGACUCUGUUCUUGAACCACCUGGAGCAGCAUUUCCACAAUGUGCUCAGUUUAGCGGUUUCAAUGGUGAGAGACAGGAAGGAGGCGGUGCGCUCAGAGCAGGAGCUCCAACUCCAGCAGCUGAGCCCCCGACAUAUCAAGACCCAUAUAUACGAGCCCCGCAUGGCUGAGCUACAGCUCCACAGACAGCAUGUGGACACCCACUUUGAGGGUGUGUUGGACCUGUUGACCUCCUGUAGGAUGGAAUUGCAAGACCUGCAGGCCUCCAUAAAGAAAAAGAACAUGGAGCUUAUGGUCACUUUGUCCAACAUUGAGGCCAACAUCCAAACAGCCAGCAGCAGUCAACAUUGGGAGGCUGCUAGCACCACACUGCAGGACUGUCUGCAUGGACACAUCAAAGAAACGCAGGACUGGCUGACCAACUUCAGACAGACAGUCAUGAUAAGAAUGGAGGAGGGCAGAAACAAAACAGCACAACUCCUCAGCUCCUUCAGGCUGUUCAGUGAAGGAGGAGAUUUUGCACCUCAGGAGCUAAAGAUGUUUCAGAGAAGGGUGAGGGAGGAAACUAAGCGUAUCAGCACAACUGAGGAGUCCAUCUACUCUGCUCUUGAGGCUUUUGAAUCCAGGAGCUUACAGAAGGUGAAAGAAGUGUCGGCUCCCUUGGAAGAGAAACUGUCCUUUUUGAAGUCUGAGGUGAAAUUUAUUGAGGACGCCCAGAAAAUGAUCACCAGCACACAAGUUCACAUCAAAGCUGAGGCUGCCAGAAGUAACCACCAGCAGACUGUUAUCAGCAAAAGACUGGAGGACCUGAGGAAGAUGUUGGAUGACACACAGCUGUCUCCAGAUCAGGUUUGUUCCUUCCUGUCAUCAAUCAAUAAAGAACUCAGGGAGUGCUGUCAGUACCUGGAUUUGAGUUUGGACUCUGCACUGGAGGAAAGCCUUGCUUUGUCAGGUCACCAUAAAUCCAGGAAGCAGGUCCUGCUAAACCUGUCUCCUGGUUUACUGCAGCCAAACAAAACAAAUAUGGACCCCCUUGAUGAUCCUGUUGUGGGGAUCAUCAGGUCCUUGAACAGGAUUAGUUGCCAAGAUCCAGCAAAGGAAAGAGAACGGAGACAAAGGAUAUCUUCUGGUCUGAAUCCUAUCCAGCUUCAGCAGAGACAAGAUUCUGUCAAUGCACCGAGUGUAAAGAGGGGCGCCAGGUUUAUCAGGACUGAUAUCAGGCAUGAGAGAAGGUUCCAGAUUUUUGGACCCGAACCAGAUCAGAGUGCACAGUCUUUUAGCUCCAAAGUUAAUUUGGCGUUGUGGAAAGCCAAUGACAUUCUCCUGCAGCUUGCUGAGGACUUUUAUCGCAGUGAGCGUCUAAGCUGUUUCCAGCUUCUUCCUGACUCCUUGGACCAAUGGAUUGAGAACACGCAGCAGAAGCUGGUGGGAUACCACGAGCAGGCAAGCAGGUUUCUGGACACCAGCAGAGAUGAUGUGGUGAAGCAGCUGUCUGUGUUCGAGGAGCUGCUACUUUUAUCACCUGCAGUUUUGAUCAGUGACCAUGAGCGACAGCAUGGGUCGGGGCUCAGAGAGGAAGUGGCGAGACUCACACAGAAACUGGAGAAGACUCUGGCAGCCAGUGAGAAGGAGAAGAGUGUGAACAUAGGUCAGCUGCGAACGUCUCUCGGGGAGGAUGAGCUGGAGAUGCUGAACAGCAGAGAAGAGCUGAGACAGCAGCAGCUACACAGCACUAUCUCCAGUGCACACCUUGAGCUGCAGGAAUGUGUGAGAGGCAGAGGGGGGGAGUUUGUUACAUCACUGGCUUCUCUGACAGAGAAGCUGCUCCAUCAGAUGAAUGACCUCUUUAGCCCUGCAGAAACUGGUACAGCAACAGCACGACAGCAGACGUGUGGUGCUGUUACUGUAGAAGCAGCAUCUGAAACAGGAAGCAGACCAAGCGCUGAAAAUAGCACAGGUGACCUGCCAUCUUCUCAUACUACGGUAACAACAGUUUCGAUCGCUACAUCCAAGUGGACCCCAGGACAUGUGACUGUUAUGGAGCAAAGAAACACUGCUAUGAAGCGGUUUGAGCAAGUGGUCAAGUUGGAACUGUUGCUCUCAGACGACAUGAAACGAAGACAGCUGAGCGGACAGCAGAGCUGGAACACACACUGGAGACAACAGAUACACUCUCUGAAACUGAUACAGAAGCCAACAUAGCAGCAGCUGACUGAAAGUUUUUGGUGUAGGCUGUGAUGACAUUUACUGCAUUUAAUGUUUGUUAAUAAAACAGAGAAGAAGAAAAA